CUGUCUGCGGCCGGCGGGCAGGCGACUCCUGUCCCGAGUGGAGGCUGCGGAGCCGGAGCCGGGGGAGGGGGCAGUGGCUGUCGGACGGACCGCGGAGGCGCCCGCAGCUCCUCACCGGUACACACGCUGCCACUCACACGCACGCUCGCACUGCCAGCCUUCCUGCCACACGGUCACACAGCCAUUCACAAGCAGCCAGACAUUGCCGCCCUUAAGAGCUGGUGGCCACUGGACCCCAUCCCUUCACUCUCCACGCCUGGGCAUCAGGUCCAGCUCCAGCUCCUGUUGCACGGGACAGGCCUUGCUGGGUAAGUGCCUCUGAGGACCCGAGGAGGUGACUGCCAGAGCUGCAGCUUUGCAAGCAGGCUCCCGCGGAGCGAGCAGAGAAACAAGGAGACCAGUGCCGGUCCAGUGGCUGUGAUGGGAAAGGAUUAUUACAAGAUUCUUGGGAUCCCAUCGGGAGCCAAUGAGGAUGAGAUCAAGAAAGCAUAUCGGAAGAUGGCCUUGAAGUACCACCCAGACAAGAACAAAGAACCCAAUGCUGAGGAGAAGUUUAAGGAAAUUGCAGAGGCCUAUGAUGUGCUGAGUGACCCUAAGAAACGAGGCCUGUAUGACCAGUAUGGGGAGGAAGGCCUGAAGACUGGCGGUGGUUCGUCAGGUGGCUCCAGUGGCUCCUUUCACUACACCUUUCAUGGGGACCCCCAUGCCACCUUUGCCUCCUUCUUUGGUGGCUCCAACCCCUUCGAUAUCUUCUUUGCCAGCACUCGUUCCACUCGACCGUUCAGUGGUUUUGAUCCAGAUGACAUGGAUGUGGAUGAUGAUGAGGACCCAUUUGGCGCCUUCGGCCGCUUUGGCUUCAAUGGGCUGAGUAGGGGUCCAAGGCGAGCCCCUGAACCACUGUACCCUCGGCGCAAGGUGCAGGACCCACCUGUGGUGCAUGAGCUGAGGGUGUCCCUGGAGGAGAUCUACCAUGGCUCCACCAAGCGUAUGAAGAUCACGAGGCGGCGCCUCAACCCUGAUGGGAGAACUGUGCGCACCGAGGACAAGAUCCUGCACAUUGUUAUCAAGCGUGGCUGGAAGGAAGGCACCAAGAUCACCUUCCCCAAAGAGGGUGAUGCCACACCUGACAACAUCCCUGCUGACAUAGUCUUUGUGCUCAAAGACAAGCCCCAUGCACACUUCCGCCGAGAUGGUACCAACGUGCUCUACAGUGCCCUGAUCAGCCUCAAGGAGGCACUGUGUGGCUGUACCGUGAACAUUCCCACCAUUGAUGGCCGAGUGAUCGCUUUGCCCUGCAAUGAUGUCAUCAAGCCAGGCACCGUGAAGAGACUCCGUGGGGAGGGCCUUCCCUUCCCCAAGGUGCCCACCCAACGGGGCGACCUCAUUGUUGAGUUCAAAGUUCGCUUCCCAGACCGAUUAACACCACAGACACGACAGAUCCUUAAGCAGCACCUGCCCUGUUCCUAGGCUCUGCCCCAGCCAGCCCAGAGUCUACCACAGCAAUACCCCCACACUCGCCCCACCCAAUGUGCACCCAACUUGAUGUCCACUGGACACUGGCAACUUUUUUAAAUGCAAAAAAAAAAGCCACUGUUUUUUUCAGGAAAAUGUUCCUGUCCCUGACCCCUUUCAGAGCUGGGCUGCCUUGGGGGAGUGGGAGGGAGGUGGGGAGAACUAGCCCAGACCAGGGGUCAAUUUUCAUGUCACUAGCUUUGAAUCCAGUUCCCACUCCAGUGACUGGAGAGUGACCUGAGUGCUACUUGAAUAUAUAAAGAUUCCUUGUCCACGCCUGUAAAUAGCAUACCCUCCUUCCCCGCUCAGCUUUGCUGACACCUCGCCUCUCCCUUCCCUCUGGCUUCCGCCUAUGGGGGAGGAAGAGGGUGGAAAGGACACUGCUUUCCCACCCCAGCCCCACCCCCUGGUCCACAGUGUCCGAGGUUAUCACACACAUAUUCACACACACAAAGCACUCGCCUAGAGCUGUCUGUGCCUCUCCCAGGUUGAGAUAGAAAGGGAAGGUCCAUAACCGGGCCAUUGAGCACGAGACACUUUUCAUCUGGGGCAGGGGGGUGAACGGGGCCCUCAGCAGCCUCCUGGACAGCUCCCCUGCCCAGACCCCACAGAGCUGAAAGUUCUGUCCUCCCUGUUGCUCUCAGGAGUGUGCAAGCAUGGAGGGAGGGGAAGGGGGUCUGCUGUAUUAAAGCUAAGAGGUGGGGGGCAGGAUCCAUCUCCCAGCCUUCAUCAGGAAGGGAAAGGGCUUUGGGGUCAGGUGGCAGCUAUUCCCCAGCAAGAGAUUCAGGGUCACAGGUUUCUCCCCACACCUCUGAACUCAGGGCCUCGCCACCCCAAAACUUCCAAAUCCCAUUUUUGUGAUAUGUGUAACUACUUAUUUCUUACCCUUCAUGGAGGCUGUGUGGGAAAUUUCCAGCCCUUUGAUGCCUAUGUGACUCCACCCCAUUCCCAGAGUUGUGAAAGAUCCAGUAGUGCAGGAUCUAGGGUAAGACUGCUUCAGCAAGGUCCUGGGGUGGGGUCUUUAGGUUUUCUCACAUUGACAAGCCCCUGAAUGUUUUUAUAGUAGUUUUUUUUUUGUAUUUUUUGUAAUGACAGUAUUAUGAAAAAAAUAAAAUAUUUUAAAAAUAUGGCA